AUGGAGGCUGAAAAAGACCAUGUUAGAAACCUUCAGCUCCACCAAGUCCUUCACAUGAACGGAGGAGAUGGAGACAAUAGCUAUUCCAAUAAUUCUUUACUUCAGCUGUACAGCAACAGUUUCCCAGAAUGCAUAACAAUGGCAGACAUGGGGUGCUCUUCAGGACCAAACACUUUCCUGCCAAUACGGGAGAUCAUAGACGGCAUUGAUGAAACAUGCCGCAAGUUGGAUCGGAAACCUCCGAUUUUGCAAGUGUUCUUGAAUGAUCUUCCGGGGAAUGAUUUCAACUCCAUCUUCAGGUCAUUGCCAAGUUUUCAUAAGAAGCUCGAGGAAGAGAUGGGUGGCAAGUUCGGGCCUUGUUUUCUAGCUGCGAUGCCUGGAAAUUUCUAUGGGAGGCUCUUUCCACCUCGUUCACUUCACUUUGUUCAUUCUUCUUAUAGUCUUCACUGGUUCUCCGAGGUACCAAAAAUUCCACUGAACAAAGGGAACAUUUACCUAGCAAAGACAAGCCCUCCUGGUGUCCACAAAGCAUACUUGAAUCAAUUUGAGAAAGAUUUCACAGCAUUUUUAAGAUCACGGUCAGAAGAGGUGAUUCCUGGAGGUUGUAUGGUGCUUACCAUCUAUGGAAGAGAUGAGAACAAUGAUUCAUCUGGCAAACACAACCCCACCAUCUGGGAAUUUUUUGGGAUGAUGCUAAAUGACAUGGUCUUAGAGGGAUUAAUCGAAGAAUCGAAGCUGGACUCGUUCAAUAUCCCAUUCUAUGGCGCUUUAGCCGAAGAAGUAAGAAAGGUGAUUCAAGCAGAAGGAUCAUUUAUCAUCAAUCGGCUUGAAUCAUUCCAUGUAGGUUGGGAUGCAAGCAUCGAUGACCGCUACCGAGACUCCAUGGAUAAGCACACGAAAGGCAGGUAUGUGGCAAAGCGAAUGAGAGCUAUUAUGGAGUCCUUGCUAGCCAGCCAUUUUGGAGAUGAAAUUGUUGAUGUUAUGUUCCAAAGAUUUUCUAUCAAGAUAGGAGAGUACAUGGAAACAGUUAAGGGUGCAUAUACCAAUCAUGUCGUUUCCCUGACAAAGGAAUGA